GCGGCGCCCGCCCGUUGGCGGGGACCGGCAGCGGCGUUUGUUGACUUCCUCGGAGGCGGCGGGGGCGGUGCCCAGCCCCGGGAACUCCCCGCGGUGGCGGAGGCCGAAGCCGCGGCCGGGCCGGCGGGGUGGGAGCGAUGGGCGCCCGAAGGGGCCCGAGCGGAGACCGUGAGGGGCGGCGCUGCCCCCCUGCCGAGCUGAGCGCCCGCCGCUGACCCGCCCGGCCCAGCGGGGCCCGGACAGCUGUCAUGGAGGAGUUGGUAGAGGAUGACAUCUGUAUUUUGAACCAUGAAAAAGCAGACAAUGCUCACAAGAGAGACAGCGAUAUUCCUGUUCCAUCGUAUACUGGAGAUGAGUCUGUUGCCUCACACUUUGCACUUGUCACUGCAUAUGAAGAUAUCAAGAAACGACUGAAGGAGACAGAGAAGGAGAACUCCUUCUUAAAAAAAAAAGUGAGAAUUUUAGAAGAGAAGGUGCUUGGCUCCCGGCUGGAAGAGGAAUGCAGCUCAGUUGGGCGGGAACAAGUCAAUAAGGCCUACCAAGCCUAUCGAGAGGCCUGCAUCGACCGUGAUCAUUUGAAAAGCAAGCUGGAAAAAAUGGCAAAAGAAAGCGCGGAAUCCUUGAAAAACUUGAAUGAACAGUUGCAAUCUAAAGAAGUAGAGCUGUUACAACUAAGAACUGAAGUGGAAACUCAGCAAGUGAUAAAAAGUCUGAAUUGUACUCAGGCUAACUGGGAAUUAGAGAAGCUGAGCAGUGACCUGAAAGUGCAUAGUCUGGAACAGGAUCUAGAAAAACUCAAGGAAGAGUGCAACAGUCUCAGGAAGGAGUUGCAAAAUUCCAAGAAGAAGGACCAGACUCAAUACGAAAAUCCAUUACAUGGUGACCACCUUCAAAGGCAAGACUUACAGAGUGUGCAACAAAUAUAUUGGGACCUGAAGAGAGAAAUGUCUAAUUUGCGUGUAGUGACUGACAAGCAAGCUGAGGUCCUACGAAAACUGAAAAGGAGCCCACCAGGAGCCAAGAAAGCUGCCUGUACUGCACCAGUGCAAUGUGUUGACUUGAACAUUUCAAAGCUGAAUUUGACAUCUGAGGUAGUCUAUAAAAACCUCUCACGAAACGAUAAAGCCCUUGGCAACACUGUGUCUCCCCCCAUGCUGAGAGAUGCCCAUGUCCCAUCAGAAAGGGUGACCCUACAAGCUUGGACAGAUGAGAGACCAAUUCCAGCUGAUGGCAAAAUAUUUCAGGAACACCAUUCUUAUGGAAAGAGCUCUCUGGAAGAUAAUUCCUGGGUAUUCCCAAGUCCUCCAAAGCCCAAUGAGAAUAUGUUUUGGGAAAUGAAAAAUAAUCCAACUUUGUUAAACUGUCCAGCAGAUUACUUGGAUCAGUGUAAUCAAAACUGUCUGUACAAGAGUUAAAACAAUUUUUAGAAUGAACUGAGGCAUUUUUGGAGUGAUUCUGAAUAGGCACCUUAAUGCUUGAACGUCUAAGGAGAGAAAACAAAUUCCUUGAAAUGUUCUUUAUUUUUAAUUCUAGUUCCAAAUCAGAAAGCCUAGUCUUCCUCUGCUGUAAAUCAGGAGCAAGUUCCUUGAUGUUAAAGCUGUGCUGGUAUAAUGUAAAUACAAAGAAAUCUAGCAUGGGGCCUAGAUAGUCUUGUACUGCAAAUGACAUACAUUUGCUAAAGGUUACACUCAAAAGUGAGUUUGUGGAAUAAAACAAAAUAAUCCAGUUCUGUAUUUGUUUGCUAAUUCUAUGUUACCAAGAAAAUACUUAGUAUCCAGUGUUAGAACUUGUACUAGCUCUAAGCUUAUAUUUGACAGUGUUCUUUUUCAGAAUAAGAAGAAUUGGAUUCUCUCUUCCUUCCUCCUUUCAAUUAGCUUUGAUUCCUCUGGUUUGUAAAUGUAUUUUUUCUGUAAUUUUUAACUAAGAAAGGUGAGAUUUUUGAAAAAAAAAAAAAAAUUUCAACCUUGAUUUAUAUGAGAAAGUGGCAAGAGAAAAACCACCCCUAGGCUAUCCUGUUUUGAUUGCCCCAUUUAGGGCUUGAUUGUGAAUUGUGAAGGACCGUAAGUAAUGCUGCUGAACACUGUGAGUCCUGGAGGUUUCCCUCAGUUUCCCUCAGUUCCUGCUGAAGGAAGCCACUGUAACUGCACAGCGGUGCCGCUGCAAACCCAGCGUGCUCACAGUGCAAUUUUCCGUAUUGUGCCUCCUUUGCACAGCACCACAACUGACUCAUUAUUCCUGUGAAUAAGGCUACUAACUUUUCUUUUGUUGAAGAAACAAAGCCUUAAUUUAAUCAGACUUGGUGUUGUGGCACUGUUGAUAUACAAAAGUAUUUUUGUGGUACCUUUAGUAUGCCACUGAGAACCAGAGCUACUGGAAUUCCAACUACCUGCUUUAUAGAUUAUGGGUGUCUAGGCACUACUUUUUCUCUUUUUUUUUUUUUUCUUUAUCUUAAGGCCAUGAACUGUUUCUAGACAAAUAUAAUUUAUGCCUUUUUUUGUUUGUUUGUAAACUUCUCUACUGCAUAGUUGGCUUAAUACAACAGGGUUAAGUGAAAUGUCUUGACUUCAAAAAGUUGAAGGAAAAAAGCAUUGUAUUUAGAGUCAUGAUACCUAACUUGUAAUGGGCAGGAAGAUAUUUAAUAUUGAGUAUGCUAUUUACAGAUGUGUGGGUGGGUGAAGUAUUCAGCUUCACAGAUCCAUCAAUUUAAUAAAAAUUAAUUUCACA